ACACACAGCGUCGGGCUAGGAGGGGUUCUGGGCCAGUCUGUGCGGAGAUGAAGCUCAAACAGCGCAUGGUGGUCCUGUGUGCCGUGCUUCUCCUGCUGGGCCUGGCCAAGAUCUUCCUGCUGGAUGGAGGUGAAGGAUCUGCAGCCAGUCGACGGGACCUCAGAGCGUUCCGCAAGAUGGAAGCUGGCAUCGCUCUGUCCCGCAGUGCUCGUCUCACCCACACCCUCCAGUCUCCGUGGGAGAUAGCGAGCCAGUGGGUGGGCCCGAGAGAGGUGUACCCUGAGGAGACCCCCGAGCUGGCUGCCGUGCUCAUCGCCCUCAGCACUUCCAGGAUUGAACGGGCAGAUGUGGGCUAUAAGGGCACCCAGCUCAAAGCCCUGCUGGUGCUGGAUGGGGGACAGAAAGUGGUCUUCAAACCCAAAAGGUACAACAGAGACCAUGUGGUUGAGGGCGAGCCAUACGCAGGCUACGACAGACACAACGCAGAGGUGGCAGCGUUUCACUUGGAUAGGAUCCUAGGGUUCAGGAGAGCACCUCUAGUGGUGGGGCGAUUCGUCAACCUGCGGACGGAGAUCAAACCUGUGGCGGCGGACCAGCUGCUGAGCACCUUCCUCAUGCAGGGUAACAACACGUGUUUCUAUGGAAAGUGUUACUACUGUCGGGAAAGUGAGCCAGCCUGUGCAGAGGGAGAAAUCAUGGAGGGCUCAUUAACCCUUUGGCUGCCAGACGUCUGGCCUCUGCAGAAACACAGACACCCCUGGGGACGCACCUACAGAGAGGGGAAACUUGCCAGGUGGGAGUACGAUGAGAGUUACUGCGAGGCUGUGAAGAAAAUGCCACCAUACGAUGCAGGGCCCAGGCUGCUGGACGUCAUAGACACGGCCAUAUUUGAUUAUCUCAUUGGGAACGCUGACCGGCAUCACUAUGAGAGUUUCCAGGACGACGGGGGCGCCAGCAUGCUCAUCCUGCUCGACAACGCAAAAAGCUUUGGGAACGCAGCUUUGGAUGAACGAAGCAUCCUCGCACCACUUUACCAGUGUUGCAUGGUCCGCGUCUCCACGUGGAACAGGUUGAACCUGCUGAGAAGUGGAGAGCUGAGUUCAGCCUUGCGACAGGCUCUGGCAUUCGACCCCAUCUACCCUGUCCUGGCUGAAACGCACCUCGCAGCCCUGGAUAGGCGUUUGUCUGGAAUCAUAUCAACUGUCAAGCAGUGCAUGGAGUCGCAGGGCCCCGACAACACCCUAAUAGAGGACCGAAUGAACCUCCCGCAUCCAUAGAAACAAGGAGAAAACUGGAAGAGGAAGUAGCCAUGAAAGUUGCUGACUGAAACAUCAGCAACCCUGAUGCUAAAGAAAGAGAUGCAUAGUCGGCAAAUGGAACCACAGGGUGGAAGCAAUAGCGUCUCUUGACCCUCGUCACUUAUUGCAAUUCACUCUGACAAAGACUGGAGUGGUUCUCAAAGAAGAACCACCCGAUUCACAGUGUUGGAACUGUGUCACUUUGAGCUACAAAAACGUUCUCUAAGGACUGUUGAGCACCAAAGGACAGUAUCUGCUGUAAAGACACAUCUGUGCACUACUACUUCUUGUUGGGACGACACUCCUGCUGCAGUCUUCCCUCCCGGUCCAGGUUCAACGUCAUCUGAGAGGAAACCAUGGGGCUCAGAGAGAUGGCGAUGGGAAGUUCAAAUGAGCCACCAACGUAAGGAUGGAAGACACAGUUCAGUCGUGUUUCAGGCUGUUUGGACGUUUACAGUCCAAGGAACUGAAAAUCUGUUUUAGAACUGAAAAUACUUAUUUUUUCCCUUUUUGAACUGAAAAGGAAUUGAGCUCAGCUCCUGAGCCGUCAGUAUGUACAUAUUUAACUGCGUACUAUACACAUAAAAGAGAGAGAAUAUACCUUUGUAGAUAAUAUUAAAUAAAGCUAAGGGUGUGUGUGCGAGUGAGUGCCAUAUUUUGCCGUUAAUAUGAAAGCUACUGACAGUAGAGAGACAGAAUUGAGGUGGGGGGGACGCAGAGGUCAGGUGUGUGGGUUAAUCUACAGAAUUAAACUAUGAUUUUUGGUUGUGGUUCUGACGUCUAUUCUUCCAUGCCUUCACCACUUGAAAGUCUUCUUUUUUUCUUUAGACACAAACAAGUCAGACUGACUUUCUCAUGUCGGAAGGGACCUCGACUUAACUCUUACUUUUAAUUUAACUCAAUCUCGGAAGCAUAACAAGUCAUAUCUGGAACUCAUUGGUCAUACUGGAAGUUUCUCAAAACUACUUUUAGUUUUCACCAUUUAGAGUCUCACUCUGUCAAACUUUCUUUUCAUUUUGCCAGAUUUUAAUCGGCUCUCAUUUCCUAAAUUCAGUUCAGAUUGAACAGAACAAACUUUAACCUCACUUUGGCCACAUCUUUCAUCUCACGCUCACAUCAUCAGGUUGUGGAUGUGUGUAUGCUGCUGAUGAUUAACCCAAUAACACUCUUUCAUCCUCAAAUUCAAACUUUCUUCAUCCGUCUGCUCUUGAUGUUGGCUAAAACUAAAAUAUAACUGUUCAAAAUAUAUUAUAUUGUCCAAAACAAAACAAAAAUCUUUCCUGAUAACUAUUGUUUGAAUUCAUUUUUUUGGCCCUUUAUAACAAUGUAAUGCUGUUGCGAUACUUGUGAUGAUGGACUUCCCCUUUCGACCAUGUGCUCCUGGUACAGAUCGUUGGUCACCAUCCUUAUCACUUGACAUUUCAUUACUUUCAUCGUGGUUGUUGGUAUCGUGUCUACAAAGCGUGUUCACUUGUCGCAGAACUUGAACCCCGCAGAAGGGAAAUGUAAUAGUGAAACCAUUUGGCAGGUGCCCCUCUCCCACAAGCAGAUGUUCGCUCUCAGCUGCCGGCUCUUGGUGCUGUCACGUGGCGCUCUGUGUUGAUGUGUGCAACAUAUAUAGGACAUCUGUUUCAUUUAUGCUAAGCAGGUGUUAUGUUGGGACGUCUCCCAGAACACUGACACUAUGACAAAAAAACACUGUUUUCUAUCAUGUUGGAACAUGUCAGGUCACAUCGCAGAUUAAAGACGACAUUGAGUUUUCUGAUGUUUUCAUAUUGUGUUUGGAAGAAGCAGGUAAAUAUUGUUGGUCUCUAGCUGCCAGCGCGCCACAACAUUCAGCCUUUAUUAUGCCGACAACCGACAGUGGCUGGAGACAGAUGUUUUGGGGUUUUCCAUCCUUCCGUCCAUUCCAUUCUUGUGAACACGAUAUCUCAAGAACACCCAAAGGAAUUUACCUCAACUUUGGCGCAAACUCUCAGUGGAACUUGUGGAUGAACUGAUUGGAUUUUGGUGGUCUAAGGUCAAGGUCGCUGUGACCUCACAAAUCACAUUUUCUUCAUAUCUCAGGAACACCCCCAGGGAUUCCUUUAAAAAUGGUCAAGGUCACUGACUGCAAUCUAAUUAAAGUCAACACACUAAUCUGUGUUAUCUAAAGAACGCCUCAAGAGAAUCCUUUCAAUUUGACACAAAGGUUCACUUAGACUCUCGGUUUAACGGUUAGGAUUUGGGACUUGAAAAUGAACUAAUAAAAUUUCUGUGGUUGAGAGUGAAGCUCAUGGACCUCAUGAUUAUGAAAUAAAAUAUGUAGAAUGAAA